GAGACCUGUCACACAACGUCAGUAGUCACGUUAAGAUGCGUUUUUAGAAAUUAAUGCAGCCUAGAGCCUUAUUCUGCACGUGGGAUUCCAUCCACACGGGAGAGACCGGUGUUUCUUGGGCACAAGGAAAACUCAAGCUACACUUUUCUCCUCAGCUUACACUGCAGUGUUAUCUCAGGAAUUUUUAUAAAAAGGAGGUGGAGAUUUGGAGAAAAUGAAAUGCAGACACAGUUCCUUUGAGACUUCUCUGUCAAGCUGGCGGCACUUUGUCAGGGAUUCCUUGGUUUACUUGGGUAAGGGGAAUGUUUCUGAGGCCGAGGACCUUGACCCUUUCCGUGUCUUGUAUAUACAUUCACUGCUGUCCGGUGUCAGGAGAGUUAGACAGGUAAGGGCAGGUAUUUAAGUAGAUAAGGACACAUGUACGAAUGGGCACAUUUUAUUGCACCAGUUAAGACUGUUUAAGACUUGUUUUUAAAAAACAAACUUCUUUUGGUGACUUUAAACACCAGAUGUUCAGAUUUUUAUUGACCCAUGCUGUUUACUUGAUUGCUGGAGCUGUGUGGUGAGUCUUAAGAUCAGGUAAAGUGAAUCCUGUUAUUCCUAUUUAAAUUGACUUAGCUUUCCUAGUUCCUUUGACUUUUCAUAUAAAUUUUCAGAUGCAAAAAGUCUUGCUCACAUAUUUAUAGAAAUUUAUUUGAACUUGUAGAGCAGUUUGUCAGAAGCGGCACCAUGAUACUUCAUUUAUUUAAGUAAAUCUUGGUAUUUCAUUACCGUCUCAUGGUUUUCAGCUGAAUAUAGGUUCUGUACAUUUUUUGUUAGGGUUUAGGUUGAGGUUCUGAGGACUUUUAAGUGAUGUGCAAAUUUUACCGAUUUUUUUUUUAAAACUUUAUUUCCCCAUGGUCUUUAGAAGUGUACAUAAAGGUAACUUCGGGGGUGGCAUGUUGGUGCCAUGCACGCUAGGCUGGACUCAAUUAUUAUUUCUAGCCAUGUCUUUGGAUUGAAUCCUUGGUACUUUGUGUAUGGAAAUUACUUCUUCCCUUCUACCUGGAUACCUGUUACUUCCAUUUCUCACUGCACCACCUAGGACCUCCCGCAGGAUGCUGAGUAGACGAAGUGAGAAGGAGCGUCCUUGACUGCUCCCUGAUGCUAGGGGGGGACGGUCAGUGUCUCAUCAAGUACAGUGUUAAUUGUAAGGUUUUUUCCCCCGUGGAGUUUUCCUAUCAGGUCUAGAAAGUUUCCCUCUGUCCUUGCUUUGCUGAGAUUUUUGUUUCCCUGCAUGAGUGUUGGAUUUUGUCAGACGCUGUACCCCCACCAGUUGCUGUGAUCACCUGCCUUUCCUUCUGUAGCCUGUUGAUACAAUGUAUUACAUAGAGUUUUGCAUAUUGAAAUAGCCUUGCCUCCUUGGAAUAAACCUCACUUGCUUGUGGAGUAUAAGUUUUUUUAAUCUGUAUUAUAUAUUAAAGCAUUCAUUUGAUUGUAUUUUUUUGAGGAAGUUUUUUUCUAACCUCUUGAUUGAUGGUGUGUCGGUCUCGUUCAUUUGCUUGUUUUUAACUGGUGUCAUGGUCUGGUUUUGGUGUCAGAGUGAAAGUGACCUCCCAGGUUGAGCUGGGAAGGAUUGUUCUGCCCUAUUUUGCAGGAAGGCAGUGUGUGAUUGUUUUUAAUUACUGUUUUAAUGUUUGAUAGCCUUCUCCAGUGGACCAUUUGGGCCUGGAGAUUUUCUGGAUACUUUUGAUAAGUAUGGAACUAUUUAGAGUAUCUGUUUCAUAUUGGAUAAAUUGGAUAGGUGUCCUUUUCAAGGAAAUGUUUCAUUUCAUCUAAAUUUUCUAGUUUGUUUGUAGACUUGUUGGAAAUAUCCCCUUGUUAUCUUUUUAAUGGCACGGUUUAUGCCUGACUUUGGAAAUACAUCAAUUCUCUUUUUAAUCUUUGUCAGUCUUUCUAGACAUUUCUCAGUCUUACUGAUCAUUUUGAAGCAUUUUAUUACCUUUUCUCUAUUACCUUUUUGGUUUUAAUUUCACGGAUUCCUGUGCUGAUCUUUAUGAUAUACGAUCUUCUGCUUUACUUUGGUUGUAUUUCCCUCUUAUUUUUUGAGGUGGGUGCUGAGAUUAUUGAUUUGAAGUUUUUUUUUCUCUUCUAAUAUAAGCUUUAAGCAUUACAAAGUUCCCUCACAGCACUGUUCCAGUUUUACUUUACAAGUUUUAAUUGCAGUUUAUUCAGUCCUAAAUACCCCUUGAUUCCUUUAGACUUCUUGUCACCCGUGGAUUAUUAAGAAGUAUACUGCUUAACUUCCUAGUGUUUGGAGAAUUACCUGGUAUCUUUCUGUUACUGAUUUCCUGUUUGUUUGGUCUGACUGUUUAAAUUUGUCAGAGUUUGUUGUAUGACCCAGGAUAUGGUAUAUCUCGUUGAAUGUUCUGUGAGGCUUCUGGAAAAGAGUGUGUGUUCUGCUGUCACCGGGUGGAGUUUCUGCAAACGUCCACCCAGUCCUCUUGGUUGUUGGUAUCACUGAGUUUUUCUGUAUCCUUGCAGACUUCCGUCUGUGAUUUCUGUCAGUUGUGGGGAGGGUGAUGAAGCCUUGAAGUGUCAUUGAGAAAUUGUCUAUUCCUUACAACUUCUGUAAGUUCCUGCUUCGGGUAUUUCGAAGCUCUUUUGUUUGGUGCAUAUGCGUUGAGGAUGGCUAUGUCAUCUUGGUGUAUUGACCCUUUUAUCGUUAUAUAAGGCCCUUUUUGUCCCUGUGCACUUUCUUGCCUUUGAAGCGUGCUUUAUCUGAUGCUAAUGUAGUCACUACUGUAUUUUUUGAUUAAUGUUUGCACAGUUUAAAUUUUCAGUAAUUGUAUUUCCAACCUUAUCUAUAUCAUUAUAUUUGAAGUAAGUUUCUUGUACCAGCAUAUGGUUGGGUCACACUUUUUUAAUCCAUUUUGCCACUCUCUUUUAAUUAGUACAUUUAGAUCACUGAAAUUUAAAAUAAUUAUUGACACAUUAGAGCUUAAGUGUACCAUUUUAUUAAUUGGGUUUUUUGUUUUGGGGGUGGGUAGUGGGUUUUUUCCCCCCUUAAUGGAGGACUGGGGAUUGAACCCAGGCCCUCAUGUGUGCCGAGCGUGCACUGAGCUCACCCUCUACCCCCAAUUGGUUUUUUUGUGUGUGUUCCCUUUACACUGUUCCUCUUGUUUUCUGGUUCUUUUUGUUAUUUGGGUUUUUUCCCCCACUUCCUGUGGGUUGCUUUAAGGUUUCUUAGAAUUCCACUUGCUACAUCUGUGAUGUUUUUGAUUAUAUGUCCUUUUUUUUACUCUAGGUAUUAUAUAUACAUAAUUUAUCACAGACUGAUACCAGCAUUUUAGCGCUUUGAUACGUAGAAACCUUCAUUUCAUUAGGUUCUCUGAUAUUCCCUGCUGAUAAGUGUUCCAGGUAUUUUCUCAUCAUACACUGAGCACCAUAUUAUUGGAUGUUGUAAUUUUUACCUCAGCUGUCCAGGAUUUUUCCCAAAAUUGUUAAGAAGCAUAGUCUGUUUACCUCUGCUUUUACCAUUUCUGUUGUUCUUUCUCCAUUCUUGAAGUCCCAAGUUGUUGUCCUUUUUUUUUUUAAUUGAACUCUUUUUUAACCCAAGUCUUGUAACAUUUCCCUUUUAUUUGGCAAAUUUCAUGUAGCCUUUUUUCUAAGGUGUGUCUGCUGUUGACAAACAUUUUUUCUUUCCUUCAUCUAAAAAUGUCUUUCUGUUCCCUUCAUUCCUGAAGGAUGUUUUUAUGGGACAUAAGACUUGGGGUCCAUAGUUCUUUUAGGACAAGAGAAAGCAUGUCUGUCUGUUCUGUCCACCAUGAUUUCAGAUGAGGAGCCUGCCCUUCAACCCGUGGUACUCCUGUCUGUAAUGCAUCCUUCCCAUCAAGAGUUUCCAAAGUGUUUUUCAUUGUAAUGUUCAGAAGUUUGAUUAGGGUGCCCUGGCAUGGAAUUUUAGGGGUUUAUCUUGUCUGCUGUUUGCUCAGCUUUUUGAAUCAUGUGGUGUAUACUCUUUGCCAAAUUUGGGGCAUUUUUAGAUAUUAAUUCUUCAAAUAUUUUUUCAGCCCCACACUUUGUCCUCUCUUUCCGGGACUCCAGUAACAUGAAUAGUAGAUCUCAUGUUCUUGUUCCACAGUACUCUCAGGCUCCCAUCUUUUUGUUCCCCCCAGCCUGUUUUCCUCUGUUGCUCACAUUGAUUAAUUUCCAUUGACACCUCCUUGAGCUCACUGAUUCCUGCCUCUCUCAUAUCUGCUAUUGAGCUCACCCAGUGAGCUUUCAUUUUUGUUUUUGAAUUUUUCAGUUGUUUGGUUUUCGUUUGGUUCGAUACAUCUUCUAUAUUUCUGUCUAGUUUAUAAUGCCAAAGAAGGACUCUGAGGAACCAGGCAACCCUGUGUAGUCCAUUGUUCUCUGGUAGUUUAUCUUGAUGUUGGGAUAGAAAUCCUAAAUUUACCGAAGGAAUAGAAGGCCUGGUAUCCACAAGUAUUUCUGAAAACAGAUCUGACAGGUGCAGGUGACCUGACGAUCGCUCAGAGUUGUGUUCUCCUGGGAAGAUUUUUGUGUAAAAUUCCCUAAUCCUCCAAGACUUGUUACAGCCUCAGUAGAGGGAGGGGGUCACUCCUCUUCCAGGAUCAUUCUUCCUCUUAGUGGUUUAACACAUUCUCCCCACUCCCCAUCUUGUUUAGGACCUCUGUCUUUCUUCUCUACCUCCACUUUGUGGUCGUUAAUAUCUCCCUGUAAGUGUCCUUCUAUCAUAAUCUACGCACUGAGCGCCAUAUUGGGGUUUUUUUUUUUUUUUGGAGGGGGUUAAUUAGAUUUAUUUGUUUUUAAUGGAUGUACUGGGAUUGAACCCAGGACCUCGUGCCUGCUAAGCACGUGCUCUACUGCUGAGGUAUACCCCCACCCCCAUACUGGAUUUUGUUGUAAUUUUUGCUUCAGCUGUCAACUGUGUUCAAGUCUCUAGUCUCACCCCCAGGUACUUUCUGCCUCACAUGUCCCUUGAGUCAGUGGUCAUCCCUCCACGCUUUCUCUGUAUUUAUACUCAGCCUGUAUGUGUGUGUCACGUCGCCGUGGUAUGGCAAUGAACCUGUAACCAAAACAACACACAGACAUACAGUGUUACUGUAGAUCAGCUGUUGUUUUACAUACAUCAGCUCUUUUAACCUUUGGGAUAACUGUGUGGUAGGUAAUGUUGUCCCUGUUUUACAGAGCAGAAAAUUAAGGCACAAGGAAGGAGAAGGAAUUUAUCCAAGAUUUCACAGUCAAUUAGUGUGAGAAUUGGGCAGAGGGUGGGCGGGAGGUGAUACAGGUCAGUGGUAGAGCACAUUCUUAGCAUGCUUGGGGGCCUGGGUUCAGUCCCCAGCACCUCCAUUAAAAUAAAUAAAUAAAAACCUAAUUACCUCCCCCCAAAAUUAAAAAAAAAGAAAAAAAGUGUGGGAAUUAGGAUUGGAGUUCCGUAAACUGGCCGUGGAAUCUAUGCGCUUACCACUUUCCUGUGUUGUCUCUCAUGGGGUGGGUGAGUGUACCACUUCACAGUAGACCAGACCUUGGUCAUUUGUCUGCAAAGUAAUUUUCUCAUUUGACAGCCCAUCUUGGCCAUCCCUUCAGAUUGAGUGAGAUAUACCAAACUCAGUCUUUUUGAUGGCUGCAUAAUCCAUUGUAACUGUAGAAAAUGCAGAGGGUUUGUGGUGGCGGGGAGGUGGGCAAGGACUGACGUGCAUUUGGUUUUCAGUGUUGUGUGUACGGUGCCCCGAUCCUCAGUGACUCCCUCUGUCUCCUGCCUUGUUGCCCAAGCUAGACACCUCACAGCCAUUUUUCAUCAUCCCUACACUCAGCCGCUGCUCCAUUUGGUUCUUUUUUUCUCAGUAGACAAUAUGUGUGUUUUAGUGAAUGGCUACACACAGCAGGGUAUUUUUAUUAUAGUAUUUGGCUCCCUCUUAGUGUUUAUACAAAGCUGUGUGUAUAGUUGGCACUGUACGUGACAUGUGCUGCCCGUGAAGAAAAUCUACACACGCUUUUACGGCCAGAUUGGAAUCCUAAUGAAUGAUUCUGUCAUGUCACCCCCCGUUUCAGUGGUUUGCUAGGAAAACUCACAGUGCUCAGCAUUUUGUUGCACUCAAGGGCUAUGAUUUAUUUACACCAAAAAGAAGCAAAGCAAGCUCAGCCAAGGGAAGAGGCGCAAGGACUGAAGUCCAGAGGAACCAGGAACAGUCUGCAGUAAUCCUGUGUCAGGGAGGUCACACAGGACGUGCUUAAUUUAAACUUUAUCGAGGAGUUGUGACAGUAGAUUGAAAUGUCUACUACGGAAGCUAAUUAGAGCCCCAGUGCCCAGAGUUUCUUGGUGGGGAUGUGCUUUCUAGCACAUAAACCAAAUUCUGGACCUCCAUAAGGAUGGCAGAUGUUCGGUGUAGGCUGCGUGGUUACAGAAAAAUUUGGGAACACUGAGCCACUCAUUUCUGGGGGUGGCGGGAAAUCUCCCAAAAUCUAAGGUCCCAGACCUCAGCCCAGGGUGCACCUCGCAAGCUCAAAGAAUAGCAAUCUCAGGCCUGCUGUGUUAGGUCUUCAUAGUGGCUUAAAUGAUUAACUCAGAUUUCUGUAAUGAACACUAAGCAAAUACAAUUUCCUACAACAAAAACUAAGAGUCAUAACUUUGAGGUGAAGGCAUUGUAACCAAAUACAAAACUCACUAAGCCAAUGUAGAACUUAACCAACUAGCCGGAACUUAAUUCAAUGAUGACAAAGUACAGAGGAGGUCUGGUAAGAAGGACCUUGCCCUCCUGAUACUGACGUACGCGUGUAUGUGUGUGUGUACACCACUUAGGGCCAUACAUGUGUGUAAACGUGUAUGUACUGGAUGCGUAUAAUAUAUGAGUAGAUGUGUGUGUGUAUAUAUAUAUAUAUAUAUAUAUACACAUAUAUAUGUGUGUAUAUAAUAUGUAUGGCUUCAAGUGGUCUGACUUGCAGAUAUACCCACUGUUGACCCUUUAUAAAGAUGUAAAGCCCAGAUCCAUGCUGUGUGUUAAUAUAGCACGUAAGUCAACAGUUUCUCAUCUCUUUGUUCCAGCUAUGGAUACUCUGCCUGUCUUCAGUGGAGAGAGAAGUAAGGAAUAUGUGCGUAUUCUGUGCACCUAACUUGAAUUCAAGACUGCACUGUUUCAGGCUAGGCUCGGUCACAGUCAGGCAUCCAUGUGAGCAGGCAGCUCCAGCUGGGGGGUCCGCUCCAGAGACAUGAUGCUGGGGACCUCUGGUCUCUGCGAGUAUGAGCCACUCCCUCUUUGACCCGCACUCUGGCCCACAGGUCACCUUUCCUGUCCCCGUCACAGGAUGCUGCAGUGCCUCUGGAAUGCUCAUUGACCUCGCCCUUGUUUUGCGGGUUAAAGGCCUGUAAUCUGUUUGCUCACAGGUCUGUUACACAUCUCUCAAUUAAAUGGUCUGUGCUGAAUUGUACACAGGCAGCUUCGCCUCCCUCAGAGCCAUGUCAGGGUGGUUGGCCCUGUGGUCUGACUUCCUGUUUGUACUUCCUGACCUUGUUCUUACCUGCCGGGUGACUUUAUUUUGGAUAUCCACAUGUUACAGCAUGUGUGUUUAUUCUGAAGUUCUAACAGGUGGGACCUCUGGUCCCUAGAGCUGCUGCUCCUCCUAGGGCUGGCUCAUUCCUCCAGGUGGCUCAGGACUCCCCAGCAGUGUGCCUGUCCCAUGCAGACCAACCAUUCCAGACCCCCAGAGCCCUCAACCACUGCCUCUGUCGAGUUCUUACUUCAGGACCCUCCCCUGGAUACCCUGGCAGUCCCUACUCUCUGACUUGCACUGAAAUUAUCCAAACUAGCUCAUCCUAAGCCUGCUUAGCCUGCUUGCUUCACCUUGUCUGUUCCUCCCAGCGAAACUUCCAGCCUUUGCCCACGUUGCCCCCCUCCGUUGUUUUGCCUCAGACUCGACUCUGAUGCUUCCCCACGUGACCCUGUGAAGCCUGGCAUGGCCCUCGCUCUCCCAGAACUCUAAGUAACUGUCUCUUCAAUGGCAGUCUGAUCUGUUGGCCUCAUGUCAGCAUAAUAAGUCCUGUGUUUUAAAACAAUACCAAAAGCAUUAGAACGAUAAAUACUGAGAAUUUAGCAAACCGGAUCAGCCAUUUCUGGAAAACGGUGUGAGUGCACCCAGGCAGAUGUGAUCUUUUAAGUUGGAACAGUGUGGAGAGCCAGGGACAGCAGAACUGUGUCCAGGUGAGCAGGUGGAAAGCAGGUACUGAGGGGCUGUGGUGUUAGUAAGAUCCUGCUCAUCCCCCCUGGUGUUUGGCUUUUAUGAAGAUUGUUCCAGGUGCCCUUCUCAAAAGCCAGCACUUGGACCAAGUGCAACUAACUGGGAACCACAAGCUCGUUAAUCACAAUGUCAUAGUCUCCCUAUAUCAUUUCUCCAACUUUUUCAGAUUCGAAGGAAGAAGUGCCUUUUUCUCUGUGCUGUCUGCCAAGUCCCGCUACAUUUGGUUUUUUUUUUUGAUCACCUUCCAGUUGACGGACACCCUUGUCACCUCUCACCCCUUUAUGUGUAGCUGCUGCAUCUUUCAACAUCUCUGCUUGUUACUGCUCUUUCUGGUUCCAUUGCAUGUCCUUGCUUUUAGGUACAAAUCUUCACACGCAUUUGAACUGUGCUCUCCUCACUGUCUCUCCUUGAAACCUGGAGUCACUUCAGCAAGCAUCACCCUUUUCCCCACCGUAGAGUCUGCUCGACCUGUGCCUGGUGUGUGAUCUCAGCUGCCUAAAGCCUACUUGUCACCUGCAAGUUCUGUCCCUCACCCUCUCUGACUUGUCCUCACACGUUGCCCUGAGGGCCAGGCACCACUCUCUUCCCUACAUCUCACUCCUUUCCUCCCUCUGCCUUUAACUGAGGAGCCCCUGUGGGACGGUUUUCCUCUGCUUGUAAUAAUUGUACGUCGCCAUUACUGCUCACUCUACUUUUCUCCACUCCCCAGACCUCCUUACCUUCUGAACUGCUUUGCUAGAUUCUCACCCUCUGCACCACCCUGGCCAGGGUCAUCCGUGACCCCCACGUUUGUAAAUUUUAACCCUUCUGAGUCACUAUAGACUCCGGAGCUCUGAUACUCAUGGCUUUAUUACAGCAAAAGGACACAGACCAAGAUCAGCAAAGGGAAAGGCACGUAGGGUAACAGCCAGGAGAGACCAAGCACAAGCUGCCGGUGUCGCCUGUGCACGGGGACUCAAAUUUUCAGCAAAGAUGUGUGUCAGCACAUUCAGUUGUCACCAACAAGGGGCACUCACCCAAGCUUCAGGGUCCACAGACUUCUUUACUGAGGCAUGCAGUGCCUAAGUGACCGACCAUGUAUCAGAAGGCAAAGAUAGAGCGUUGCCUCAGGCAUACAAAACCCACCCUGCUCCGUGGGUCACACUGUUAGCAUAAGUUAUCUGGUCAUGAUACAGUGGGACCUACAGACAGAAGCAUAAAAAUCACCCUUACCAGGCAAGAUACUCCAAGGACUCAGAGGCGGUCUUCCUGGAGCUGAUCCAGGGUCAGUCCUUUCUUUGGAAUGUGUAGUAUUGGAGUAACCGGAGUAACGGAAGCCUGCUUAGUUAACCCUUUACUGCAGUGUCCACACACUGCCCCUGUCCCCAGCUCGAGGCCCUUGGCCCAAGCUCUGUUACAGCAAGACAGCCAUGUCUGCCUGAGCAUGUACACGGAGUAAGGCAUUUCUGUAACAGGUGCACCAUGGCAUCCUCAGGAAUGUGUCCAGCACCUGCAGGAGGCAGUGUGGGGUAUGGAUAGAAUUAAUCCAUCCAUCUUAUUGGCCGUUAACACUCAUAUCCACGUUUUCUUUGAUUACUAAUCCUCUGAUACUCUGUUAUUUGUACUUUGUGAUAAACCACCUCCCAUCAUGACUCUGGUUUAAGCCGUCAUUAGCAUGCAUAAGGUCCUGGGGUCAAUCCCCAGUACUUCCAUUAAAAAACAAAGAAUUCCAUUUUAAAUGUUUUUGGAAUUUCUGUAUAUGCCAAACAAAUAAACACGUGGACUGAUUUUACUAUUUGAGACUCAACAUUGCAAACUGAUUACAGGGUCCAACCUAGGUUGGUUGAAUCCCUGGAUGCAGAACGUGUGCACGAGAGGGGAGGGUGUCGCAGCCGUGCACGUCACCCCCACCGCCAGAUGCCCGGGGCGGUCCUGGGCUGGGGGAGGCCGGCGGGUUGGGGCAGGGCCCAAAAGCACGGGCUAUUGGGAGCCAGAGGCACAAAUCUCAGGAGCUUCAUCGCGGUGACCCUCACGUAUGUAAGUGACUGAGGAGGCCCCGGGCAGUGGCCUGAGUCGUACACGCCGUUCGCGCAGGGGCCAGGGGCGCGUGCACGUGGUUCUGGAGCUUGCCAACUGCACGGGGCACCCCGGCAGCUUCCGGCGGUGGGUGUAUACUGCGUCGGGUCACUCGAUUCAGGAACGCCUCGCGCCCUCACGGGUGGAUGUACCUGUUCAUUCACGCAGGCCGUGUAUAUCCUACGCCCUCCACACCCCCCGCCUCCCCUUCCGGUUUCUCGUGUUCCCUCUGCUCCAGCGUUUUCGCCGGGGUUCCGCCUUCCGGUCUCCGUGCCCUGCCUCUCAUUGGCCUAGCGCCCUCAGUCCCGCCCCCCAGCCACGGGUGGAAGCUCCCAUUCCUGUCUCUUCUAUUGGGCACGCUGCCUAAGCCUCAGAAAUUUCAACCAAUGGAAGUCAGCCAGGAACUACCCGCUCAGCCAAUGGGGCUAACGUACACACUAUAAAAGGCCUGGCCCGCGUACUCUAGGAUCGUCCCCAACUCAGUAGUGGGUGUCUUCGCUGGUGAGCUGCGGGGGUCCCUUCCGGCGGUGCCGGCCCAGUCACUGCCCCGCGGCUGCCGUGGGAGCAGGUCGGCGUUGGAAGAGCCUCAGCCCGAGUGUGACCUCCUGCCACCCCUUUUCAGGACACCCAGUUCCACAGAACUCAGGAAGGCGUCCUCCUCACCACCAUCUCUCCUUCUCAUGAGCCAUCCAGAGGCUGUUACGAAGUCGGGCCAGGGUCAAACCGCAGGUGAAAGGAGGGAUAAGUACCAGGACCAGAGAAAGCGUUUAUAAGAAAAUCCUAGUGUCCGUUGUUGGGGGUGGGGGCGCACAGAAGAAAGUAGUGACAUCUCUUGUCUUUUCUUCAGUAGCUGCAGCAGGUCAAACGAUGCCCAGCAUACCAAACAUGCGGCGCUUCACUAUUGACGAUUUUGAAAUCGGGCGACCUCUCGGCAAGGGAAAAUUUGGGAAUGUGUACCUGGCUCGGCUCAAGGAAAGCCACUUCAUUGUGGCAUUGAAAGUCCUCUUCAAGUCCCAGAUAGAAAAGGAAGGGCUGGAACACCAGCUCCGCAGAGAAAUUGAAAUCCAGGCGCACCUACAACACCCCAAUAUCCUACGCCUGUAUAACUACUUCCAUGAUGCACGCCGGGUGUACCUGAUUCUAGAAUAUGCUCCAAGGGGUGAGCUCUACAAGGAACUGCAGAAGAAUCACACAUUAGAUGAACAGCGUACAGCCACGAUAAUGGAGGAAUUGGCAGAUGCUCUGACCUACUGCCAUGAAAAAAAGGUGAUUCACAGGGAUAUCAAGCCGGAGAAUCUGCUGCUAGGGUUCAGGGGUGAGGUGAAGAUUGCAGACUUCGGCUGGUCUGUGCACACCCCUUCUCUAAGGAGAAAGACAAUGUGCGGGACUCUGGACUACCUGCCCCCAGAAAUGAUCGAGGGGAGAACAUACAAUGAGAAGGUGGAUCUCUGGUGCAUUGGGGUGCUCUGCUAUGAGCUGCUGGUGGGAAGCCCGCCCUUUGAGAGCACCUCCUACAACGAGACCUACAGACGAAUCCUCAAGGUAGAUGUAAGGUUUCCCCCAUUAAUACCUCUGGGGGCUCAGGACUUGAUCUCCAGGCUUCUCCGAUACCAGCCCUCGGAGCGGCUGCCCUUGGUCCAGAUCCUGGAGCACCCCUGGGUCCGGGCCCACUCCCGGAGGGUGCUGCCUCCGUCUGCUCAAAUGGCCUCCUGAGCCCUGUCCACCCCCAUUCCUUUGUGAUUGCCCAUGGAGCACCCCUGGCUCUGGUCUCUCAUCUGUCUUUUGUUUCUUCUCUUUUAAGAUGCAUCAUGUUAGUUAAUAAAAGCUGAAUCAUUCUGUACCGGG